AUGAUGGCGACACCUCGCGCGAGUAGUGCCUUUGGAGGUAGGAUGAAGAAGGUGCUACAGCGAAUAUGGGCUGGCGCCAAGAGAUAUCGUAAAGCCAUGAGAACCGCUCAGAUGAUGGAGCACUCUGAUAUACCGCCUCCUCCUUAUACCAGAUUUAUCGAAGAUGUCGUUGAAGAGGCUCUUAUUCGAAAGUCCAAUAAAGGCACGGGCUUGAAAACCACCGAAGAUCUUGUUUCGAAGCCCAACACAAAUGCUGUUCCAAAGCUCAGCGAGGACACCGUUUCCAAACCCACCAGCAGUAGCGAUCAGAAGCCCAUCGAGAAAACUGUGAUCAGGUCUACCCCUAUAUCUCAAUUGGAACGUGAUUACAGUGCCUUCGCCUAUCCACGAUUGAUUCUGCUGACCGAGAAUAAACUCGACACGGUAAAGCUUCUCCGUUCAAUUCUCGUGUUCGUCAUGUUCAUCACAUUCCAUGCCGAACUCGACAUAAUCAGUACAGAUACCGGCCGCUUGUUUCCUUGGAAUACCACCAUAACCACAAGGACAGAUGCCGACCCCUCAAAAUUCUUCCAUUGGGAUGUCUUCGAAAUAACGUAUGACGUCUGCACUCUUGUACGGUAUCUUGAACAACAAUUAAGGGACAACCGGUGGUUCAGUGUCCGCCGAGAGCAUAAAGACUUGAUAACCAAGCUUGUUCUGAAGCCAGCAGAGAGUCUGAUGAUACAGGCCGAUUAUGUUCUGGAGAUCUUAGGGACUUUCGAGCAAGACGGGUUUGUCGGCGAUUCUAUCGAUUACUAUACACUUGUCGAUUACUGGAAGAGACAGAAGCCGCAAAAUCUGCCGAGGUCGCCGUCUAGUAUACUAGAUUUAGGGGAUACACUGGCAUCGCAUGCUUCUUUGAUUGUUUCGUUGAAUCUGCAGGAUGAGCAACAAUCUGAGUUGGAAAAUUCCAUGGCAAAGUACAUUGAGAAAAGGAACCUAAAUAAGAUUCAGAUGUCUGAAACACUGAAGCAGACAACAUUGGAGGAGCUGAAAUACCGUCCGCACGGUAUCUGUUGCUGGCCGAUUAGGGAUGGAUAUAUAGACUUGUUCCGAAUGCUUGGGAAGGUUGAUGGUUCUUGUUGGAGAGAUGUUCUCAAGCUGGAACGAGAGAGGAGAAGGGAUCAAAGCGAGCUGCCUCCUCGUGCAAUAGGUAUAACUCUUUGA